GAGCAUAAAAAUAGGUCUCACUUUCUUUGCCUUGAAGGUGCCAAUGCUCCCUCAUGUAUCUCCGCCGAUAUCUCCAGGCAAAGGAGAACUCCACUAGUCAACCGGUCAAUGCCAUAGCAAUACGUUAACUCCAUGUCACUUGUAUAAAUUCAAGGUGAUCCGUAUUGACCAAUGUCUUUCUUCCUCUCGUUGAUUUCUAUCCAGGAAUUUGAGUUCCCCUUCUACUAUCUCGAAACUAUCGCUUUCAGAAUGUCCAACAGGUACGCUGCAGCUCACGAGAAACUCCUCGGCCCGGGAGAUCAUCGUCCAACUGCGUUACAAGUUGUCAAAGAUGAAGAGCUCGAGGGAAAACUCAAGGAUAAAGUUGUACUUAUCACUGGGUGCUCUGCAGGUCUGGGUGUAGACACUGCGCGUGCAAUGUUUGCAACAGGUGCUACUCUCUUCCUCACAGCUCGGAAUCCGACGAGAGCACGAGUAGCCCUUGGUGAACUCGCCGAAUCACCACAUGUACACAUCCUAGAAAUGGAUCAAACUUCGCUCAAAAGUGUACGAGCAUGUGCUGCGAGUUUUCUCGAGCAGAGCAAAACGCUAAACAUCAUGAUCAACAACGCUGGCAUCAUGGCUGUACCUGAGGCUACGACAGAAGAUGGCUUCGAAUCGCAGUUCCAGACUAAUCAUCUAUCCCACUUUCUCCUCUUCUAUCUUCUCAAACCCACACUCCUCGCCUCGACAACUCCCGAAUUUGCUUCGCGCGUUAUUAAUCUCUCCUCUUUGGGUCACCGUCGCGGGGAGCCGGAUCUUGAUAAUAUCAAUCUCACUGGAUGCUACGAUAAAUGGAGAGCAUAUGGAAGCAGCAAAACAUGCAACAUUUGGAUGGCCAAUGAGAUUAAACGGCGAUACGGUUCAAAGCAUCUACAUGCAUUCUCCGUGCACCCAGGCGGUGUUGUUACACCAUUAUGGAAUUCCAUGAAAACUGAAGACAUUGACCACCUAAGAAGCCAGGAGGGUUUUGAUGAAAGUCUUAAAUCGCCUGAGCAGGGUGCCGCUACAACGGUAUGGGGGGCAAUCGCCAAGUACUUGGAAGGAUAUGGUGGAAAGUAUUUGGAUGAUGUGCAGAUUGCGAGCCCAUGGACUCCCGAUCAACCAUUUGCACUACCCGGUUGGGCUCCUCAUGCUCAUGAUGAGGAAAGAGAGGGCAAACUUUGGAAGCUGUCAUUGGACAUGGCUGGAUUGAAAGACACUGAUUUCUGAAUAUACGAGUUUAAACAUGGGACAUCAUUAUAUCUUCUUCGGGAUUACUUUGCUAUCGUCGUUAUUCUCAUAUAUCAUACCACACAAAAUACAAGCACCGUUUGAAUUUAUGUAUCUACA